AUGAGAACCUUUCUUUCAGGGGUUAUUUGUGUGACUCUCCUGAUUCUCUCCAGCUUUGUGGAAUCUCAAUCAGAGGGAUUCCAGGUGGUUGGUCCAGAAGCUCCUCUUGUUGCUGUAGCUGGCGAAGAUCUGGUUCUUCCCUGUUUUCUCAAACCCAGCACCAGCGCUGUGGACAUGACAGUGGAAUGGAUGAGAGUAGAGGAAGUGGCUUCAUUAGUGCAUCUCUAUGAGGAUCAUGAAGACAGAAAUGAAAAGCAGGCUCAGCCUUACAGAAGAAGAACAUCACUAUUUAAAGAGGAGCUACAGAAAGGCAACGCUUCACUCAAACUCUCACCUCUCCGAGUCUCUGAUGAAGGAAGCUAUAAAUGUCUCAUUGAGGACAAAUCCUGGUAUGAUGACAUCACUCUUCACAUCAUUGUCGAGGCUCAGGGAAGCCACCCAGUGAUCAUGAUGGAGAGUUAUGAUCACUCAGGAGGGAUUAAUCUAGUGUGUGAGUCCAGAGGCUGGAAACCUGAACCUGAGGUUGUGUGGCUGGACAGAGAAGGAGACACUCUGCCUGCUGAAGAUACACAGAUACACAGAGACACUGAGGGCUUCAGUGUGAAACGCCACAUCACUGUUUAUGAUUAUAGCGACUCCAACAGAUAUUACUGUAGACUUCAACAAGAACAUCACAUGAUGGAGACAGAGGUCAUCAUUAAUCGCAAAGUCUUUGAUGCUUGGAGGUGGGUUGUCGGUGUUUCAAUUUCAGCAUGUCUUAUUGCUGUCGGAUCGAUAGCAACUGCAGUUAUCUGUAUCAAGAAAGCGUCAGAGCUUCAAAAGGUGAAGGAAUUUGCAGAGCUGCAGAGACAGAGAGUGGAAGACGAGUUUAUAAAGAAAUCGUUGUGUGCCGUGGAUGUGACUCUGGAUCCUGAUACAGCUCAUCCCAAAUUCAUCCUGUCUGCUGAUGGAAAACAAGUGAGAUGUGGAGACGAGCGGCAGAAUCUCACUGAUACACCACAGAGGUUUAAUUACUAUCUCGGUAUUGUGGGAAAGCAGAGUUUCUCCUCAGGGAGAUUUUAUUAUGAGGUGCAGGUCAGAGGGAAAACUGAGUGGAGAUUAGGAGUUGUGAGAGAGAACAUUAACAGGAAGGAGAGGAUUACACUGGAACCUCAGAAUGGAGUCUGGACUGUGGCACUGUGGAAUGAGAAUGAGUACUGGGCUAAUGCUGGUCCCCGUGUCCCCCUCACACUGAGAGAGAAGGUGGAGACGGUGGGGGUGUUUGUGGAUUAUGAUGAGGGUCUGGUCUCCUUUUAUGAUGUGAAGUCCAGAUCUCAUAUCUAUUCUUUCACUGGUCAGUCUUUCACUGAGAAACUCUAUCCAUUCUUCAGUCCUUGGCCAAAUGCUGGAGGUAAAAUCGCAGCCCCACUGAUCAUCUCUCCUGUAUUUAAACCUGAAUGAAUUUUCACCUCACAGAUUUAAUCAUCUAUUAAAUGAUGAGAAUAAAAAAUAUUUUACUUUUUCUGGUGAAUGUUAGAAAGACAUUUUCCCUUUUAAAGUGCUGUACAGUUUAUUUUAAUGCCUGGGGUUUGUUUUCUCAUCAAUAAAUAAUUUGAAUCCUACAGUCUGUUUUUUACACAUUAUGAUUGUGGAAGUUUGUCAUUGCGAAUCAAAUCUGAAUAAAGCUGAUUUACAGUUCACACUGAGAUUUACUGCAGAAUUGAAUCUGAUCAAUAAAAUGGAUGAAGUUCA